AGAAGAAUAAAAAAAAAAACAAAAAAAAAGGAGAGACGCGUUCCCAAUGCCAGGAUGCAAGUAAGCACUCCCCGCCUGUGAAGCCCUGAACGAGUAAGUGAGUGAGUGUCUUCCUGAGCCUGCUUUAAAAGAUCAAGACAGUCCUCCAGCUGGAGGCCCUACAAACCAAUUCCCGACAUUCCCCAGACUCUCCUCCCCAUCCUCAAUUCCUUCCAGGUUCCUGUGAAAGCAAACACUCAUGUCCAACGAGUGGUCCUCGCCCUUCUGGGAUGUCAUCGAACCCAUUGAAACCUGUCUGAUCGGCUGGUGCUUCCCAUGCGGUCUAUACGGCCGAGCCACCGAGCGUCUCCGAGAUCCCACUCUCAAGGACGGUAACUAUAUCAACAGUAACUGCUGCCUCUUCGUCCUCUCCAGCUACUGCGGUCUGCACUGGGUCCUCCUCAUGAUGAAGCGCGCCGAGCUCCGCGAAAAAUUCGGCAUCAGGGGCUCCGUCGGCGAAGACUGCAUUCUAUCCUGCUGCUGCCCCUGCUGUGUGCUCGUGCAGCAGGAGAAGGAACUAGAUGCCCAGGCGACCCUUCUCCAAGCGGGGGCCGGGUACCAGGCCCCGGCUGCAAUGGAAUAUCCCCAGAAAUAAACCGAGGACUCCAUGUCCAUCACCAUCACUUGAGAUGUCGAAACUGGAUUUGCCUGUGCAAUUGCCCUACCUUGCAUGGAAAGAAAGAAAGAAAGAAAGAAAGAAAGAAAAGUGCUUUACUAGCACCGUGGAACCGAGUCCAGACUGGGCUGGCUGGCUGACUUUCCUAUACUGAUUGAUACCUGUUGAUUUCCUUGAUUUACUCUCGCUUGAUUAGCCUUUUUCCCACCUUCAUUUUGUUUAUUACUUGUUACUUAUCUUCUGUUCGAUUCUCAUAUUUGGUCUAAAAGGAUUGGCUUUUAUUGGGUAACUAGAUGGAUGGAUGGAUGACAUUCCCGGAUACUGUGGAUUUUCUUAUGUAUUUAU